AUGGGCAGGAAGAACAAUUUCGACAAUAUGUCCUCCUCGGAUUCGGAUUCCGAGUCCUCCUCCACGCCUUCGCCCCGCCGCAAUCGUCGUGAGCGGCGAUCCCACAAGAGGACGCCCAGUUCCGCAGCUCGACAGCUUCAGGCUCCCGCACUGCAGGCCGCCGCCGGAGGUGCUUCGGAAGACAAGAAAAAAAAGUCAAAAGUUCCACCACAGGAGAGCAUAGACGAGAUCUGGGAGAAGUUCUCGCAAAAGAAAUUCAGUAAAGCCUUGGCAGUGCUUCCCUUCUCUCCCGCUCCGGCGUCGACCGCCACCGAGCGUGGUAAUGAGCUUCUAUGCGCCGGAUAUGAGCGUGCCGCCGAGGAGUGCAGACGCAGAGUGCGCAAGAUCAUUGCAGAAUGCAGGAGGAUCAACAGCCGGUAUCGCGACCCAGGUUGGGACAUCGAUUGGGACUUUAAAUGGGAAAAGGGCCACUGCUUGAACAGCCUCGGGUCAACCAAGUUCGACAUCUGUUCUUCCAACCUCGUAAAUCCUGCGGCGAACAUACCAAAGGCCGUCAAGCGCGUACACGAAAUCUUCAAGAAGCCUACUUUUAUGGAGAGCGUGCUCCCCGGCGACAUCAAACAAGGUAACCUUGGCAACUGCUGGCUCAUCGCAAGCUUGACAGGCUUGGCGAACGUACAAGAUGCGAUCAAGCGUAUUUGCGUGGAAUAUGACACCAAGAUAGGAAUCUAUGGCUUCGUCUUUCACCGUGAUGGCGAGUGGAUUUACUCCAUCAUAGACGACAAGCUCUUCCUCAAGUCACCAUGCUGGGACUCGCCGUCCAUGCAGCGCGUCCUGCUGAAGCAGAUUGACCGAGAGGAUGUCGAAAGUGUCUACCGCGAGACUUACCAGACCGGAUCGAAGGCGCUUUUCUUCGGUCAGAACAAGGAGCAGAACGAGACAUGGGUCCCGCUUCUGGAAAAGGCCUACGCAAAGGCACACGGCGACUACGCUUGUCUUGCCGGAGGCUGGAUUGGUGAGGCACUGGAGGACUUGUCCGGCGGCGUCACCACCGAGCUUCUCGCCAGUGACAUUUUCGACACAGAUGCCUUCUGGGAAAACGAGAUUAGCAAGGUCAACCAGGAAUUUCUCUUUGGCUGCUCUACUGGUUUGCUUGAUGGUGGCUAUGGUGAACGAGAUGGUAUCUCUGAGGGCCAUGCUUAUGUUCUUAUGGAAGCGAGAACACUCAAGGACGGAACACGCCUCUGCAAGCUCAGGAACCCAUGGGGCCAAGUCAAGAAGGGCAACUGGGAGGGCGCCUGGUCCGAUGGAUCCAAAGAGUGGACCACGGAGGUGAAGCAAGAACUUGACCACACCUUCGGCAGCGAUUCGACCUUUUGGAUCUCCUACGACGACCUCCUGCACAAGUAUCAGCACUUUGACCGCACUCGUCUGUUUCGGGACCCAGACUGGCGAUCGUGUCAGCGCUGGGCCGGGGUCGAAGUCCCCUGGAAGCCACAGUACAACGAGAAAUUCCACAUCAAGCUGACCAGAGAAUCUCCGAUUGUUCUCGUUCUCUCCCAGCUGGAUAUACGGUACUUCCGUGGCUUACAGGGCCAGUACAACUUCCGCCUCCAAUUCCGACUGCAUGAGGAGGGCAGCCCCGGGGCAGAAGACUACAUAGUCCGCAGCCAUGGCAACUACCUCAUGGACCGCAGCGUCUCGGUCGGCUGCCGAGCAUGCUUCCCGGGAAUUACGUGCACGGAGGAAGUCAUCAAACGCGAGUGCAAGGACCGCACGGAGAACGAGAAGCUCGCCCAGGUCGGCGAGGCGUACGAUCUCGCCCAUGCCAAGGCCUCCAAGCACCUGAAAAAGCUGGGCGAGGUCCGAAACAAGGCAGAGGGAACGAAGGCCAGCGAGUCUCGGAGAAAAGAGCGGAGGAAGAACUGGGAGAGAAGGCAGGCCGGGCGAGAUGUCAAGGCGAAGCAAGCAAAGAAGAACGAGGAAAAGAAGAAAAAGCUGAAAGCCGAGAAGAAGGCCAAGGCUGAAGCUGAGAAGAAGGCGGCAGAAGAGAAAGCUGCAAAGCAGGCUGCCGAAAAGAAAAAGCUGGAGGAGGAAAUAGCAGCGACCAAAGCUGCAGAACAGAGGCUCGCGGAGCAAGCGAAGCGCGCCCAGGCGGAAGCCAUGGAGGCUGACAACGCUUCGGUUGCCUCAAGCUCGUCCAGCUCGGGCACAGCACAGUACACGCCCCAGGAUAGCCCGAGGAUUGAGCCUGCCCAGCCUGUGCCAAAUGGACAAGACAAGGUCGAGAUUCCCCGAGCCACCAGCACUGCCACUGCUGCUCCAAGCUCAUAUUCAAGCAAGCCUUCUGUUGCGGGAGAACAGUCGCAGGCUACCUCUGGAAACAAGCCAAUGGAGCUCAAGAUAUCCUGCUGCUCCUGCAGCCACGAGACCAAGAAGGCGCCCGAGGCGGCGGCCGACUCGGACGGCUACUCCUCGGACUCGCCCGUGGAGGAUUAUGAGAACCUCUACGACCCGGACGACACAACCAGCGCCCUGUUAUCGCCCUCCCCAACCACACCCACGUCCAAGGCCAAGGACACCAAGUCUGAGGAUGAAGACGCGGACACGCCCGACCCGUGGAACGCCAUCGCCGUUGUCGGUUUCAGGGUAUACUCCAAGGACAAGGACUUGGAACUGCGCGUCAUCAUGGAGGGCGGGCUCCUGGAACAAGACGGGAUGGGCACCCUCGGCGAGGCCGAUCUUGACAACGGGGUUGCCAAUGCCGGUGGCCAGCGCGGGAAGCAGGAGGAAGGCAGUGGAGGCAAGGACCCCAUGACACCCGACGGGGCCCGGGGAGAUGAGCCUGCGAAGGGCAAGGUCGCGGACAACGGCGGCGGUGACAAGAAAGAAGCUGAUGGAGAUGAGGAAGGCGACGAUUCGUCUGUUGAUGGGGACCGUGUGGCUCACUACCGGACCAUCAUCGAGAGGAAGACGAGCGAGUACGGCCGUGUGGUGGAAGAUAAGGGCGAGGGCGACAGUGGCUCAGUUGAGCCUGUCGACAAAGCCUGA